AACCUUAAUAAAUAGAAUUGGGAAAGGUUCCCCAGUUUUCAGUUUUCAGAUCAUUCACUCCCAUCUCAAAGGUUCAAGAGCAGAGAGAGAGAGAGAGAGAUGGGAAUUCUGUCACUGAAGAAGAGUGCAAGAGAGAUAGCUCCACAUGGGAGCUUGAUACUGGGUCAAAUCAUCACAGCAAGUUACAUAGUUCUAAGCAAGAUUAUACUAGUGCAGGGCAUUAGCUCAUCUGUAUUUCUUGUCUAUCAGUUCAUCUUAGCAACCAUCUUCAUUUCUAUACUUGCCUUUAUCUUUGAAAGGAAGAAAAGGCCUCCUCUUACAAGACACAUCUUAUGUUGGAUUUUUGUGCUGGCUUUGGUUGGGGUCACAUUCGCCCAGAGCAUGUUAGCUGGGGCCUUGUACUUCACCACAAGCGCUAUAGAAUCUUCUGUCCUUAACAUGAUUCCUGCCAUUACCUACAUCCUUUCUCUCAUCUCAAGACAAGAGAAGCUUGAAAUACACACCUUGUGGGGAAAAGGGAAGAUCUUUGGGACCCUCCUUUCUGUUUCCGGUGCUUUAACUUUGAUGUUAUGGCAUGGAUCAGCCGCUAAUUUGAUGUCCACAGACCUGAGAAAUUGGUUGGUUGGAUUGGUGAUGGUUAUUGUUGGGGUGGUUGCUUUCAGUACAUGGAUCUUGAUGCUGGAAGUUGUGACAAAGCAAUACCCAGUAGAGUUGUCCAUGACUGCUAUCAUGUUCUUCUUUGCGACGUUGCAAACAUGCGUUGUAGCUGGUAUACUGAGCCAUAAAGCCUCUCAGUGGCAGCUCAAAUGGGAUCUAGAGCUCCUAAACAUCUUCAUUGGUGGUGCUCUCAACAGUGGGUUAGCCAACUUCUUCGUUGCAUGGUGUGCCAGAUUAAAAGGGCCUGUUUUUGUGUCUUCCUUCUCUCCUUUGGGCCUCCUGUUCACCACCAUUUUGGAAUCUAUAUUUCUUGGCCAUACCAUGCAUGCUGGAAGUGUGGUUGGAUCAGUCAUGAUAGUGAUGGGCCUUUACAUUUAUCUAUGGUCAAGGGCUAAGGAGGAAGUCUACCAGUCAAUGGAUGGUCAUGAUUCUCUCACCUCUUCUCUCGUAUCCAACAAUUCAUUAGACCAUGCAACACAAGUGGAAAGUGUAUAUACUGUUUAAAAAUACAUAGGCACUGAUGCUGGGAUUGAGUCUCUCCAUCAGCUCUUCCUGUUUUCAAAUGGCACCACACUUCUUCA